UCUAGACUCUGAAUACCUGCCUCAUAUUCACUAGUACCAUUGAAAAGAGAGCAAACAGAGCCGCCACCAACAAAAGGAGAUUGCCUGAUGAGCUUCUCACUUCCGCAAGCUCAACAGGGUUGCACAAGCCGUAGACCUCGGACUCCGCUGCGGUGAAAUGACGCAUUACAGAAUAAUGUUCCGCAUAGAUUAAAACUUGAUGAGUGCCACUUAGCUGCAUCCCCCUCUUUAUCAACUUUCUUUUUCCUGAGGCCCAUCUAUCAGCAUGUAUCUCGGGUCUCUUUUUCCCUUGCUCGCAGUUCUUGCCCUUGGCACCUUGGGAGAAGAAGCGAUUGGCGCAUCUUCGAGAUGCAAAUGUGUUCCCGGCCAAAGUUGCUGGCCUUCUGCUGCAGAAUGGAAAGCUUUCAACAAGAAGAUCGGGGCCAGUCUUAUCAAGACUGAGCCAAUCGCGCAGUCAUGCUACCCCGGUCCAGAGAAGGAUCUGAAGCAAUGCGCGUAUGUGAACAAAAUGUGGUCGGAUCAGGAUUUCCAGUCCUCAAAUCCUAUCGGAAGACCUUAUCCGUAUAACAUCACCUGUGCACCGGUGGAUUACGCUGCUGGCCAAGAGCCUACUACCUGUAGUCUCGGUUCUUUACCUGUUUACGCUGUUAAUGCUACUACACUAUCACAAAUCCGAGAUACAAUUGCGUAUGCGCGUGAGCGGAACAUUAGACUUGUCGUUACUGGAACAGGUCAUGAUCUUCUCGGUCGCUCCGAUGGGUUCGGUGGUCUUGAGCUUUGGCUUCAUCAAUUCAAGAACGGGAUUAAUUUCCAAAAGACUUACAAAUCUGAGAAUCAGUGCAAGAAGUCUGGCUGGAAGGGUAGUGCUAUCAAGAUUGACGGCAACUACCAGUGGCGCGAUGUUUACAAGGUUGCUGAGGCCAACAAUGUCAUUGCAGUUGGUGGGGGUUCUAUCACGCCUGGAGCGAUCGGCGGGUGGGCUUCUGGUGGUGGCCAUGGACCUGCGACGAGGAACUACGGCCUUGGUGCUGAUCAGAUUCUGGAAGCAGAAGUGAUGCUAGCUGAUGGAAGAGUCGUAAUCGCCAAUCACUGUGAGAAUACUGGACUGUUCCGCUCCAUGCGAGGCGGUGGGCCUGGCUAUGGUGUUACCUUGAGCAGUACCAUCAAGGCUCAUCCCAAUGUCGAAGUUGUUACAGCUCAUCACUUACAAAUCGCGCCGCUGGAAAAAUCCGAGAAGAAUGCAGAUCUACUCGAUGCCGUUUCUGUCUUGCUGCAGUCGCUUCCUGAUCUCAACGACGCUGGCUUCGCUGGGUAUGGUUACUGGUUCCGUAACUUCCCCACCGUUUUCGUUGGAAAUGCUACCUCUGGUUAUUCUCACGGCUUUUGGACAAUCGGGAAGGGCCGUGAAGAGGCUGAAGUCAGCUGGGCUCCAGUAAGAAAGGCGCUGUCCAAGUUCAAGGAUAAGCUCUACAUGAACGAGAGUUGGGCCACAUAUGACGAUUACUGGUCAUUCUACCAUGCUGAGUCAGGACUGUAUGACCCAACUGGAGAUACUUCAGUUUUGACCUCGAGGCUCAUUGACCGUCAAAGUGUGGAGAGCUUCGACAAAGUCAGAGAUGCCGUCGAAGCCAUGAGCGGCAAACCCGAUGAAUUCGGCACAAGUGUCAUUCUUCUUACUUCCGGUGGUCAAGUCUUCAAGGACGCCUCAGACAAGACAAGUGGACUUCACCCUGCCUGGAGAAAGUCACACUUCGUUCUCAUCUCAGGCACUGGAACUUCCCGCACUGCAAGUCUCGCUGAGCGUAAAGCAGCAAACGAUGAUGUGACGUUCGUCAAGGGUGCUGCAGCGAAGAAGCUGGCUCCCAACACCGGUGGUUAUAUGAACGAGGGUGAUCGCAAUGAUCCUGAUUGGAAGAAGUCCUUCUAUGGUAGCUUGUAUGGGGAGCACCUCAAGACCAAGAAGAAGUACGAUCCGUCUCACGUUCUCUACUGUCCUACUUGUGUUGGGUCUGAGGACUGGAUUGAGAGACCAGAUGGACCUUUAUGUAGAGUUAAAUAGAUAGGACAAAUCUAGAUUUAAG